GUGGCAUGCUUACGGAGUGUGACAUUGAUAGAGCGAACCAGAGAGAGAGAGCGCGCAGAAAGGAUAGGGAGGAACAGGAGUGAGACCUAGAGAGAAAUAAGUAAUCACAGAGAGAGUGAGCUCAACACACAAACACAAGGAGAGGGGGAAGAAGGAAGUGAGGAGAGAGAAAGAGCAAAGUGAGUAAGAGAUUGAAAGGAGAGGAACGAGAUGAUGGAACCCAGAAAUAGUUUUACAGGAGGAUAGCCACUCAUCCCUGCUUUCUGCGGUAGACAUGACUCCAGGCGGAGGACUCUGCUGGAAUUAGCUAGAGGGACGAUACAGGACAGCAGGUCUGCAGCACCACUGCCUCGGUGUAUGCAGCAAGGCAGUUGAUUUGUUGGGAGUGUGUCAGUGUGUGUGUGUGUGCAAGUGGGCUUUUUACAGUUUCUUGUGAUUGGGGGAGGAGCCACCAUUUCUCGUGACAAGACAAUUCAGUAAGCUUUACUGUGAAUGCCAGGAGCUUUAUUUGCAAAUGUGUUUUUACAUUCUAGCGUAGUAAAUGCAGUAAGAAUCCCAGGCAGUGACAGUUGUCAUAGAGUUUUUGUGUGUGUGAGUGUAUCUACGGCUCUGCAUGGAGGUGAGCAGAGGAAGGGUCAGCUGGGUGCAGUGUGCUGGGUUUGAGGAGGAAGGUUAUAGGGAAGGUACUGAACACAAUGCAAGGACAAGAGCUUCGCACUGAUGGGAUGGAGUUCAUAUGAGGUACCAGGAGAGCCCUGGGUGGAGGAAGGAGGAAGGAGAAAGAAGGGGUAGGGAAGAGAGAGAGUGAGGGGGAGAAAAAGGGGGAGGAAGGAGAUAUAAAGGAGGGAGAGAAGGAGAGCGAGAGAGUGAGCGAGAUCAUGGCUGUCAGAUACAGUGAGCUAUAGUAUAGAUCUGUGUGGUGCGGCAGGGGGAGGACGAGCUUCACUGCACAGGGAGGGGGAGAAAGGGAGGGAGGGGGAGAGAGGAGGAGAGGCAGACGGCACCGCUCCUCUGCCAGAAAGGGAAGAGCAGAACGGGACCGGACCGAGGGAGGACACACACGUUCACCCCCACACAGUCACUCCUACAGAGAACCAUUGGCCAGGUCAACGAGUAGAGGUCAGGAGAAGCUGGUGUGGGACGGGGGCGGAUGCGCCCCCUCUGGCUGGGGACUGUCAGGAGCGCUGAGCCCAGGAAGAGGGGAAGGAGGAGGGGAAGGAAUCGGGGGAGAGCCCCAGAGCCCCGGUUCCUCUGUAGGUUGAACCUGUCUUUCGAUGACCAUGGGGGAGUGGACCAUUCUGGAGCGGCUGCUCGAGGCUGCUGUCCAGCAACAUUCUACCAUGAUUGGGAGGAUCCUGCUGACAGUAGUAGUGAUCUUCCGUAUUUUGAUAGUAGGUAUAGUGGGUGAAAAGGUCUAUGAGGAUGAGCAGAUAAUGUUCAUCUGCAACACUAUGCAGCCGGGCUGCAACCAGGCCUGCUACGACAAGGCCUUCCCUAUAUCCCACAUCCGCUUCUGGGUCUUCCAGAUCAUCUUGGUGUGUACGCCCAGCCUGUGCUUCAUCACCUACUCCGUACACCAGUCCGCCAAGCAGCGUGACCGCAGUUACUCCAUCCUGCACCCCUACAUAGACCACGGUCACGCAAGUCACCACGGUCGUGGAGGCGACCACCACGCCCGCAAGCUGCGCAACAUCAAUGGUAUCCUGGUGCAGAACCCCGACAGCGGCAAGGAGGAGCAGGACCUGGAGGUCAAGGAGAUCCCCAACGUGUCCCGGGGGCUCACGCAGGCCAAGAGCGCCAAGGUGCGGCGGCAGGAGGGCAUCUCCCGCUUCUACGUCAUCCAGGUGGUGUUCCGUAACGUGCUGGAGAUCGGCUUCCUGGCCGGCCAGUACUUCCUGUAUGGCUUCAACGUACCAGGGAUGUUUGAGUGUGACCGCUACCCCUGUGUGAAGGAGGUGGAGUGCUACGUGUCACGCCCUACAGAGAAGACGGUGUUCCUGAUUUUCAUGUUUGCAGUGAGCGGCAUCUGUGUGCUGCUUAACCUGGCCGAGCUCAACCACCUGGGCUGGAGGAAGAUCAAGACGGCCGUCAGGGGUGUUCAGGCCCGCAGGAAGUCCAUCUGUGAGGUGCGUAAGAAGGACGUGCCGCAUCUGUCCCAGGCCCCCAACCUGGGCAGGACUCAGUCCAGUGAGUCAGCCUAUGUCUGACAGAGGUUCCUCCACAUGGGGGGACCUGGACUUCUGGACCAAGCAAGCUUUUUCUGGGGAGGACAAACACUUAGCCCAGCUCCCCCCAUCCUAAGGGGCACUAACUCUAUGUACACUGCAACAUUAUUCAGGAGCGCAGAGGGACUUCACAUGGCCAUAUUGGAGGAUUAUUGGAGAGAAGAGCUUUUUGGACUCUACAAGAGAGAGAAAGUACGUCAAGGGCAGUUUUGUUGCUGUAACUAAAGUUAGAUUUUAACUGUAGGGGGAGUUGUGCUCUGAAUCCUAGGUGACACUAGGUGCCUUCCAAGAGAACACACUGGAAAAAGAGGACAUAGGACUAAUUACUGUAAGAAUAUGAAAUAAGGAUAGUUAAAUAAGAAAUGUCUCACCUAAAAAAUUAGAUCCUUUGCUUUUGCAAACGGUCAAACAUAGUCCCUUAAUUUCUUUAUGUAUGUGUGCAUAUGCAAGAAUGUAUGCCUGCACGUGUGUGUGCGAGAGAGUGUAUAUGCCUUUGUUCUGCAGAGUCAGAGCAGGGAUGAUGGGCGAAGUUGAGUUGCUGAGGGAAUGAAAAUAACUUUCUUUCAGUUAUUUUCCUUCCCUGCGGCAGCUCCACUGUAAGGAGGAGCCAAGCAGAGGUGAUGCACCUUUAAAAAAACGUCAAAAAUCAACACUAAAACUACACCUCAGCACAAACUGGAAACCUCCUCUCCCCAUCUCCACACCCCCAAGUAACACCCCCUCCUCUUCCCACACCCCCACUAGCACCCCCUCCU